GACCCCUCGUCAUUGGUAGAUGCAGCACGUGUCUGUAAGUGCCGGCUGGUUUUUACAAGCGCUCUCCAGUCCGCUCUAUUCCAAGCGCGCACGCGGCUGAUGAGAAAAGCCCAGUACUGCUUUUAAACGUGUGGAAAGACUGAGCGUAUAGAGAAAAACAUGGAGGAGAAGAAGAGCGAAAUCAAUGGACACGCCGGGCACAAAAGCCGGUUACCAGCGGUCUCGAUAAAAUCAGAAAAGAACAGCUUUAAAGACCGGUUAAUGGUCUUCCUCAAAAGAAACCUCCUAGUGAUCUUGACGGUGUCCGGGGUUCUGGUGGGCGUCGGGUUCGGGAUGAUGGUCCGGAACAUGAACCUAACUCGAGCGCAGAUGACUUACUUCGCCUUCCCCGGAGAGAUGCUGCUGAGGAUGCUCAAGAUGAUCAUCCUUCCUUUAGUGGUUUGCAGUCUGAUCUCUGGCGCUGCGAGUCUGGACACGCGCUCGCUGGGGAAGCUCGGGGGGAUCGCCGUCUCUUACUUUCUGGUGACCACUCUGAUCGCUUCAUCCAUCGGGGUAGCUCUCGCCUUCAUCAUCAAACCCGGCGUGGGAGCGGGAGCGCUGAACACCAACAACUUAGGGCUGGAAGGCGUGAGCGCCAACAAAGAGACAGCGGAUUCGUUUUUAGACCUUGCAAGAAACCUGUUUCCAUCCAACCUGGUGGCUGCAGCUUUCCGCUCAUAUGUCACUGAUUACAAGACAAUUCUUGUUGGAAAUGGAACAAAUGGAACCAUCAACUACCAGAAGGUUCCCUAUGGAACAGAUGCAGAUGGAAUGAAUAUUCUGGGCCUUGUUCUCUUUGCUAUGGUUUUUGGAGUUGCUUUGAGAAAGCUUGGUGCAGAAGGAGAAGAGCUCAUUCGCUUUUUCAAUGCAUUCAAUGAAGCCACCAUGGUACUGGUGUCUUGGAUCAUGUGGUAUGUGCCUUUUGGCAUCAUGUUCUUGGUUGGCAGUAAGAUUGUGGAGAUGGAAGAUGUGGUUCUGCUGGUCACUAGUUUGGGGAAGUACAUUUUUGCUUCUAUUUUGGGCCACAUCAUCCAUGGUGGCAUCGUCUUACCUCUUAUCUACUUUGGGUUCACUCGUGCAAAUCCCUUCAGUUUCCUGUCUGGCCUCAUCACUCCUUUCACCACUGCCUUUGCUACCUGCUCCAGCUCAGCGACACUGCCUACCAUGAUGAAGUGUGUGGAGGAGAACAACGGUGUCGACAAACGAAUCAGUCGCUUCAUUUUACCAAUUGGAGCCACUGUCAACAUGGACGGAGCAGCCAUUUUCCAGUGUGUAGCAGCUGUGUUUAUUGCCCAGCUCAACAACGUUGAGCUCAACGCAGGCCAGAUCUUCACAAUCCUGGUGACAGCCACUGCCUCCAGUGUGGGGGCAGCAGGUAUUCCAGCUGGAGGGAUCAUCACCAUCGCUAUCAUUCUGGAGGCCAUAGGUCUGCCCACCCAUGACCUGUCACUCAUGUUGGCUGUGGACUGGAUUGUAGAUCGAACCACUACUGUUGUGAACGUGGAGGGGGACGCACUCGGUGCUGGCAUUCUUCACCACAUCAAUGAGCAAGAGAUGAAGAAACGAAGAGAACAGGAACAGCAUCAAGAGGAGCAGGAACUGCAGGAGGUGAAGGUGGAGGUGGUGGCUAAUGUCAAAGCAGAAGAGGAGACCUCCCCUCUCGUCACACACCUGAACCAAGGAGACAAUUCCUCGCAUGAAAAACUUGACAAGGACGGUGUGGAGUCUGUGCUGUAAAGUGCUGACUGUGGUCUCUUCUCUUUCUUCUUCACUCUUUCUCUAUCUCACUCCUUUAAAAACCACUGUAGACAUGAUGUUGCCACCAGUGUGAAGUUUACAUCAAGCAUAAAGCUUAUUCAGAUCUGUGACUGGAACACUAAUGGUCAGUUUGCUCUUUUACAUUUAGUACUUGACUGGACAGGUUCUGUUUUAAUAAUCUUAUCCACUUGUGCCAAAAUCAUUUCAUAUUGUCAUUUUUGUGUUUGGGAACAUGACCCAGAUUAUGUGCAAAGUCUAAAAGGGAAAAUUUCCACUCUGUGAGCAGAUAUCUGGUAAAGAGAUGGAUAGUAAUGAAAAUCAUUCACAGACUGACCUCUUGCUCUGUUUGUUUACUAUAUUUUAACUGGCUGUGUGAAACAUUAACUAUUUUGAAGAUAGACAGAAAGUAUUUGCUGUAAAUAUCUGUGUCCCUAAUUGCAAAUCCUUUUGCAUUGGGGUAUUGUCCGUUGAUUUAUUGGGGACUAUAUCAAAACUGUGCAUGUGUGCUUGUGAAAUACUCUUGGGAAUUCUAGCAGAUUCUGAGCUUGUGCUUUAUGUUUUUUUUAGUACUGUCAGAUCUGGUGAACUUUAAAUUAUGAGUGAACAUAAAGCUUACCCUGUGUCCCAAUGUGCAUACUAUCCAUCCUAUCUGCCCUAAAUAAUAUUGAAAAUGACUAAUAUCACAUAGACUUUAUGAUGGAUAGUUUGCACAUUGGGACAAGACAAAACUUUUGUCUUUUGACUGAGACAAAACUCAGGGUCACAGGUGAUAUUCAACCUGAUGAUGAUGAGAGACACACUGGAGCUCAUUUCCUUAUAGACCUCCAUUCUUUACAU